AGAGGCUGCAUGGUUCUGGCCGACACGCGCAUCACCCCGAGAUGGAGGAGGCGCUCGCCAAGUAUGUCUGCGAGCAACGGAGUCGGGGCCUGGCGGUCAGCGUCAAUGACAUUCGGGAAUGGAGCCGAAAGUACAUGCGCAGACGCGACCCACGUACCAGGUGGCAGGGGUCGAACCGAUGGAACCAACGGUUUCGCAAGCGGUGGGGAUUCACACUACGCUGCCGAACGAAGGUUGGGCAGAAGCUCUCUCCAGAAUGCGCCGCGGACUGUGAGGGGUUUUGGAAGUUCGUUCGCAUCAACCGUGCCCGUCAUCAGAUGGACUUACGCCGCAUCAUCAAUGCCGAUCAAACUCCUCUUUUCGUGGAGAUGCCAGCUGGCCGGACGUUGGAGCAGAAGGGGUCCCGUUCGGUGCCGGUGAAGACCGCUGGAUACGAGAAGCAACGCUUGACCGUGAUGCUAGCAUGCACGGCCAGCGGCGACAAGCUCCGGCCGUGGGUAUGGUUCAAGCACAAGACCAUACCCAAAUGUGAAUGUCCCUCGGGGGUCGAAGUGCAAGCGCAGGAGAACGGCUGGAUGGAUGAGGCAGCCGUCAAGAAGUGGCUGGAGAAAGAGGUUCUCCCCUUUCUCAACCCGAAGCGUGGGGUGCCAGCACGACGUGCCAUGCUUGUGCUAGACUCGUACCGUGGCCAUCUCACCGAUGGGAUGAAGCACGCGUACAGGACGCAUUGCAUCAUCCCUGCCAUCAUUCCGGUUGGGUGCACUCCGCUGAUUCAACCCCUUGAUGUUUCCAUCAACAGGUGUUUUAAAGCGGGGGUGAGGGCAUGCUAUGCAAAGUGGUUUGCAAAGCACGGCAUCAACCUACGCACGGCCAAAGGAAACCUGCGCCGCCCGCCCCACCCCGUGGUACUGAAGUGGAUUGACCAAGCAUGACGCGAUGUGCCACGUGACAUCAUCGUGCGAGCAUUCAAGACCUGCGGCAUUUCAAGCUCCAUGGAUGGUACAGACAACUACUUGGUGCUCCAGCACAUGCGUGGGGAGCCAGCUCUCAACGUCUCUGAAGACAUGUCCCUGCAAGGGACGAGUGGUGACAAUGCAGGUUUCGUGGAAGAGCAGGAGGCAGAGGAGGGGGAGGCGGGAGAGGAGGGAGAGGAGGGAGAGGAGGGAGAGGAGGGAGAGGAGGAGGAGGAGGGGUAGAUGAGGAGGAGGGGGGCUGUGAUUUUAGUACUAUGGAGACCCAUGAGGAUUUCUAAGAGACUACUCUUGUCCUAUCUGCAUUGAUGACUGAAUGCAUAGAAUUUUGCCAUACUAGA